UGAUGGAUAGAGAGGGAUUUUGAAAGAAAUCCAUGAGCGGACGCAGAAAACUUGUACAAAGGAGCGACGCCGUGAGAUGAGUUUAAUGGAUGUGAUCGUCCGCCAAAGUUGAACAGUGGUGGGAUUUGCAGUUGAUGUAUGCAAGAUUGAAUAGUAUACAAGGUGGAGGGGGGCGAGGAUGGGGGCAGAUCAGCAGUUUUGCCUCCGAUGGAACAAUUUUCACACUAAUAUUACCUCAGCAUUCGAGUCCUUGAGAGAUGACGAGGACUUCGUCGACAUCACACUUGCCUGUGAAGGCAGGCAGAUAAAAGCACACAAAAUGGUCCUUAGUGCCUGUAGUCCAUACUUCAGAAGUUUGCUAAAAGGUAACCCCUGCCAGCAUCCCAUAGUGUUUCUUAAGGAUGUAACUUUCGCCAACUUGACUUCCAUCCUGGACUUCAUGUACCAUGGGGAAGUCAAUGUUUCACACAAUGAGUUGGCCACAUUUCUAAAGACAGCAGAGGCGCUUAAAGUCAGAGGACUGGCGGAAGAUGAAAAGAAGAGAGACAGUGAAAACUACAAUGAGUCCAGCUCGCCUCCCCCACCUAGAGACCCCCCUGACCCGGGCUCACCUCGGCCCGAGGAGGGCAGUAGUGCCCCCGACACACAACUCAGUGAUUCACCCCCACCCAAACGACAGAGACGGCGGUCAGGGGCCUCGGUACACUCUGCAGAAGACACAAAUGAAACGGUGCUAAGUGAAGCCAGGGACAGUAGUGUGAAAAAUGAGCCUCAGGACUUUAAUGAGGAAGAGGACAUGUUAAGUCAGAGUGUGGAGCAUGAAAAUAUAAAGACAGAUGUAGGAGAAGACAGUGAGGAGCGGAAUUUUGGUCCCUCCGAGUCUGUGACGAUCAGCAGGAGUCAGGCAGCUAUGCAGCAGUUACAAGAAUCGUUUGGGUCGUUCCUGCCGGGCAUGGGCCAGAGUCCGGGCUUCCUCCCUCAUGGUGCUACUGACAUGCCAAGACCUCCACCCUACCCUCUGGAGGGGGUUCAAG